AUGAACAAGUUGGUCAAACGUGGCACACUAAUCAUAAAGUUACUGGAAGCUCCUCGGCAGACCAGCAUAAAGGAGCUAUUAUGUGGAUCAGGUUCUGAGGGAAUCAUAAUCACUUCAUAUGAAAAACGUCGAGUGUUUUGUGGCUCCGAACACCCAGUGAAGGAAGUGCAUCGCAACGUCUUGAAUACCGCAAUACCAGAAACAUGGGGCGACCUGGUGCAGCGCACUCUACGACUUAGCAACAUCAUAAACGAGAGAUUCAGUCAGGUUCCAGAAGUUUGGUUUUGCGGCAGCCUCACCUGGAACCCUUUUGGAUCUCUCGUUUGUGAUGUGUCCUGGCAACUGAAUGUGCUGUACCAUGCCACCUCAUGUUUCGGUCACUGCAAUAUUUGGAAUACCGCGACACAUUCUUUGACUGAAUGCGCUGCACAAAGGCAGCCUCGUGUUUCAGUUGGCACGAUAUUCGACAUAUCUCAGUACAUUUGCCUAAAGCAGUCCACACCCAAGUUUGCCGAAAAGUGUUCGACAGCCCACGACCGGUUCCGCCAUUCUUGGGCCUCAUCACCCCCGAGUUUCCGUCAAACUUAUGUUCUAAUUGAUUUGCAAAUGGGUGUAUUUUUCGAAAUCGGUCCGAUUUGGGUUCAAGUAGAACAUAAGGUUGAUGGAAACUCGGGGACUGCGCCUACCUGA